AUGCAUGCACAGAGAGAGUCAUGUCGCUGCUGCCGGAUAAACGUUAGUUGGAAGUUGGAUGCAGCUUCUGCAUCUGCCUUGCAGACUUCAUGUCAAAUGAGCUCUUUACAAAAGUCAAGAUGCUGUCUGACAGCGGCCUACCCCGCCCGGCUUGUAGGGAUUCAUUCGCCCGACUUUCGAACACAAUGCGGUUGGGACCUCGACGACAUGAAGACGGGACGCGUGAACCCUGUUGCAGCAGAACAGCACAAGGGCCCCAUGGCCCAGUCGGAGCCUGGCUCUCCGCGGUUUGCGGUUGGAUCGGCCGCCCGAUCUUGA